AUGAGAGAAUAUGAACAGGGGAUUCGUACAAUAAUUGAAACUUACAUUAUCACAUCCAGUGAUAUAUUAGAAGUCAAAUAUAUCGACGUUGAGAUUAAUGUGAUUAAUGAGAUUAACGAAAUUAAUGGCGCUAAAGACAACCAAAUUUCGGAGCUAACCAAGGAAGUAGAAAGUCUCAAAAAAGAAAUCCAUAGAUUACAGCAAAAAUCGGCGCCUGAACAAUUCAUAAGUAACCAUCAUCAAUUUGAUCAAAGAGCAAAAGCUCUUGAACUUAGAAAUGCUAUAGGUAAAGUAAUAGACGAUGUGCUUGUAAAUCAGGAGCAUACAAGCCGUGCACCUGCAUUUAAUAAUCCACCAACUCGGUGGGCUUCCGGUUCAACUACAAAUACUGCCACCAUGGAAGUAAAUCCAUUAAAUCCAUUAAUUGAAUUGGAUGAAAAUAGUUCAAAGAGUAAUAAUAAUAGCACGAUCAAUCAUGUUCCAUCUCAUAUCAACCAUGCUCUCAGUCAUGAUCAAAUCAUCGAUUCUCAUCCACAAUUUACCGCUCAAGUUAGACCAUCAGAUGAUAAACAACUUAUUAGUGAUGCAACUUUAAGUCAUCAACAUCAUUUUCCAACUGCUAUAACUACUAUGUCUGAGGGAAAAGGUAAAUCUGACAAAACCGCUGCGAAAUAUACCGUUUUUAUAGCAUGGACUGGUUUAAUGACUCCGGAUGGAUUGAAGGCUUUAUUUGACAGUGACGAGGUCGAAGAGGUUCGAUUUUUACCAAAUAAACAAUUUGCCCAUGUGGAUUUAAAGACUGAGUCCGCUAAGAAUAAGGCUUUGAAACUUAACGGCGAGACAAAGUCACCGGAACAAGGAAAAUUACGAGUAGAAGAAGGAAAACCUCGUAAUAGCGGUACCACAGUAACUCGUAAAGACAUUUUGGACGGUACCCAAACUUGGCAAGAGUAUUCAAACAAGCAAGAUUAUUCAAGCAAGCAAGAUUAUUCAAGCAAUUCUCCACACCAAGGUACGAUUCCGAAUCAUGUUUUUACGAUGAUAUCAGAAAAUAAAAGUAAUUGA